AUGUUUGUUUCCUUCGCUCUCCUUGCAUUGACAGCGGCACAGACUGCCUUUGGGCAGACCGGCGUCAACUGCACUCAUCCAACUGCAUUCUACGAUCAGAAGAUCGACCACAAUGCCACCAAGAGCGGGACUUUUAGACAACAAUAUCAACUUAUUAUGGACUACUACAAACCAGGAGGCCCUAUCCUGUUCCUGCAGGGAGCCGAGACCGCCAAUCUCUCGUGCUUGGAAGAGAUGGUCUUUGAAGACUGGGCGCCAACCUUGGGUGCUGCCGUGGUGCAACUCGAACACCGUUUCUUCGGCGUCAGCAAUCCAAGCACCGCCGCCAACGUUACCCAGCGCUUUGCCACACUCACCUUGGAGAACGUUCUUGGAGACUCUGUUGCUUUUGUCCAAUAUUUGAAGAAAAACAAUACCAAACUGAGAGAUGCCAAGGUCAUUGCACAUGGCGGCUCCUAUGGGGGUUGGCUCUCUGCCAUGCUCCGACUCAACCACCCAGAGACUUUCUAUGGCUCAAUUGCCUGGGCUGGACCAACCGAGAGCCUUGGGCCGAAUUCAUCAAAUCCUGCGCGUGGGAAUUGGUACACCUUUCUAUCGAACAUCUACUCGAGCUAUUCCGCGGAAGUUGCUGCGAAGAUAAAAGCUGCGCUGGCAACCUAUCAUGGCUACAUCAAGACCGGGACAAACUAUGAGGACCUCGCCCACGGGCUCAACCUCUGCGAGGUCCCGAAGAACACCAGCGAUCUGGACCUGAUCUACCAGUCACAGAUCCUCAACGCGUACACGGCCAACGCGCAGUUCAGCUACGGGGUCCUACCGGGUCUCCCGGGCCUCAUAGCCAACCCUCUCAACAAAGUCCUCAAUCUGACGCUCGAGGCCCACGGUGUCCUCGAAGUUAUCAAUGCCAGUCUCUCGGUCCUUUUCAACGGCGCCUGCGUCGACUGGGCGGGACAAAACGCAUUCAGCCUGGCCGGCGCCGAGCAACUCCCCUUCCAAUACCUUGAAUGCCGCUACUUUCCCAUUGCGGCGGACCUUAUCCCCUCCGGCACAAUCUUCCCCGCCGGCUCUCUCGGGUAUAGCAGCGACCGCGGCAAAUUCUGCUCCGAGACCUUCAACAUGACCAUCCCUACCCACCAGGAACUGUCGACGAAAUAUCACUUUACAACCAAGGACUUGCUCGCGGCGACACACCUGCUGUUCACCUUCGGCACCAUCAUCCCGUCUCCGGAUGGGCCCCGUGGCAGCUAUACGGACGAAUGA